AUGAAUGGAGAAUUUUAUGUUGAAAAUAAUAAAGAAGGUAUUGAAGGAGUGACUCAGAAAAUUAUAACAGUAGAAGGAGAUCAGGUUGAGAAAGCUGGCAUGGAAUGGCCAUGUACACCAGAGGAUAAGGAAUCCAGAUUCAAGGAAUCUAAAUCUGAGGAAUUGGGUGUGAUAUAUAAUGCUGUUGCUGAAACUCAGAACUACAUUAUGAAUAAGAAAGAGAAAUAG